AUGUCUGCUCUGACUUCCAUUCUGAGCAAUCCCGGUCCGUUUGCUCCGGAUUUUGAGCCUGGAGACGCCGUUCAAGACUUUCUCUCGACAUGCAAGAUUCUCGUCAUCGGUGCUGGAGGUUUGGGCUGCGAGAUUCUGAAAGAUCUGGCGUUGUCUGGGUUUAAGGAUAUUCAUGUCAUUGAUAUGGAUACAAUCGAUGUCUCCAACUUGAAUAGGCAGUUCUUGUUCAGACCCAGUGAUAUUGGAAAGAGCAAGGCUCUCUGUGCAGCAGAGUUUGUGAUGAAGCGUGUCAAGGGCGUCAAGGUGACUCCCUUUCACGGCAAGAUCCAGGACAAACCUGAAGAGUAUUAUCGCGAAUUCAACAUCGUGAUCGCCGGCCUCGAUUCAAUCGAAGCCCGACGUUGGCUGAAUGCAACUCUCAUUAACCUCGUGGACGACAGCCCUGAAUCACUCAAACCCAUGAUCGACGGCGGUACGGAAGGUUUCAAGGGACAAAGCAGGGUCAUCUUACCGACUAUCUCGAGUUGCUAUGAAUGCAGUUUGGAUAUGCUUGGGAAGGCUACGACGUACCCUAUCUGCACUAUCGCAAAUACGCCAAGAUUACCCGAGCAUUGUAUUGAGUGGGCGAGUGUGCUGGAGUGGCCCAGAGUAUUUACAGACAAGAAAAUGGACGCCGAUAACCCCGAACACAUCACCUGGCUUUUCCAGACCGCCGACGCGCGUGCCAAAGAGUUCAGCAUCUCCGGCGUGACACAAUCCCUUACACUGGGUGUCGUCAAAAACAUCAUCCCCGCCAUCGCAUCCACCAACGCCAUCAUUGCCGCCUCCUGUUGUAAUGAAGCGCUGAAAAUCGCAACGGCCUGCAACCCAUACUUGAACAACUACAUGAUGUACACUGGAGACCAGGGAGUUUAUACAUACACUUUCGAACAUAUGAAGAAAGAUGAAUGCCCGGUUUGUGGUAAUCUGGCACAGGACUAUGAGAUCGAUCCGGAAAUCACGCUCGAGGAAUUUAUUGAGAAAUUGAAGGAGAGACCGGAGACGCAAAUGAAGAGCCCCUCACUCCGUACCGGAUCCAAAUCACUCUAUCUUCGUGGUCCACCACAGCUCGAACAAGCUACACGACCAAAUCUGCAGAAGAAGGUAGGUGAAUUGGUGGAGGAGGGUGAAGAGAUUAGUAUUACGGAUACGAGUAUGCCGUUUAGUUUACGGUUGGUUGCUAGAUAUCCGAAGAAGAAUUAG